AUGGCCGAUCCCAACCCCAAUCCCAUCAAAGAUGGUUCCGAGGGGACGCCGCGUCGAGCGAGAGCUCCUACAAUCACGAUUGACACUACAAAUGAUAAUGAGCCUUCAUCCACUGCUCCCCAGCAGUCGCCCGUAUCCCCUCACGAUGAAUCGAUAAGUCCGACAACACUGACAGCAAAUUUCGCAACUGAGAGGACGGCCGCAACCCUCACUUCUCAGCCAUCUAAUGCCAGUUCCAAGGGAGAGGUGCGGCCAACGGGUUCGUUUGAUAGCACCAGGGAUAGUAGGCCGACAAGCCCGCAUAACGUUUCUAGCCCAGUCACUUCAAGAGCAAUGGAAAAAGGUCAGGCUUUUCUUUCAGUGCCGGAAAAUCACCAUCGUUCGAGGCAAAAUUCCGUCGACAGUGACGAUGGAGCACGGUCAAUUGGAUCUUCCCAAGGGGAUACUGUUACCGGUGCAGCAUCAUGGCAGGGCGAGAAGAGUGCGGCAUCGAAAUUUUCCUUCGACAACGAAAAGAUAAUGAAGGAUGAGACUGCCUUGAAACCGGACCAAGGCAAGGAGUCGGAUUUCGUGGUGGAGAAUAAUCCCUUUGCGUAUAGCCCUGGUCAGCUCACCAAGAUGUUCAACCCCAAAAGUCUAUCCGCCUUCUAUCAGCUUGGAGGUCUUGCUGGCAUGGAAAAGGGGUUGAGGAGCAAUCGAGACACAGGCUUGAGCCCGGACGAGAAGCAUCUGGAUGGCAAAGUAACAUUUGAAGAAGCUACAAGCCGCUCGGCGUCUAAGUUGGCGAAUGAAGGGCUAGAUAGCCCACAAACCCCCGUCGACCAUUCGCAUCCCAACCACAAACAUGCAUCCGACGAGCAGUUCAUUGACAGAAAACGAGUCUACGGCGAUAAUCGAAUUCCCGAGAAGAAGGGCAAGAGCUUUUUGCAACUGGUAUGGAUCACCUAUAACGACAAGGUUCUCAUUCUACUCUCCAUCGCCGCCAUUGUCUCACUCGCCGUCGGUCUUUACCAAACUCUUGGUAUUCCGCAUAAUCCGGAUGAACCACCAUCUGUCGAGUGGAUCGAAGGUGUGGCUAUCAUCGCGGCCAUUGUCAUUGUAGUAUUGGUUGGCUCUCUCAAUGAUUGGCAGAAGGAAAGGCAAUUCGCAAAACUCAACAGGAAGAAGCAAGACCGCCUCGUCAAGGUAGUUCGUUCGGGCAAGACGGUAGAGAUAUCUAUUUAUGACUUAUUAGCAGGCGAUGUUGUCCAUCUGGAACCCGGCGAUUUGAUCCCUGUUGAUGGCAUUCUUAUCCAAGGCUUCAACGUCAAGUGCGAUGAAUCGCAAGCUACAGGUGAGUCGGAUGUUCUCCGCAAGAGACCGGCCGACGACGUUUUUGCCGCCAUCGAAAACGGGGAAGACACGAGAAAGCUGGAUCCUUUUAUCCAAUCUGGUGGUCGAGUAAUGGAAGGUGUAGGAACCUUUCUUGCUACAUCUACCGGUAUUUACUCGAGCUACGGUAAAACGAUGAUGUCUCUGAACGAGGACCCUGAGAUCACGCCUCUCCAGUCUAAACUCAACGUCAUUGCUGAAUAUAUCGCGAAGCUUGGAGGUGCUGCUGGUCUACUAUUGUUUAUCGUACUUUUCAUCAUGUUCCUGGUCCGCCUCCCCUCAAACUCGGCAUUAUCACCUUCCGAGAAAGGCCAACAGUUUAUUGAGAUCUUCAUCGUCGUUGUCACUAUUAUUGUUGUUGCGGUUCCAGAAGGAUUACCUCUCGCUGUCACCCUGGCGCUUGCUUUUGCCACCAACCGCAUGGUUAAGGACAAUAACCUGGUACGUCACCUAAAGGCUUGCGAAGUCAUGGGAAAUGCAACGACGAUUUGCUCGGACAAGACUGGUACCUUGACACAAAACAAGAUGACUGUUGUGGCCGGCACGAUUGGUAUCUCUCAUCGAUUUGGAAGCGGGAAACCACAGGGAGAAAACGGCCCUGCUCCCGAAGAACCAUCGGAGAAGGAAUUCGCUACUUCUCUCAGCAAGGAUACCCAGGAGAUUCUACUGAAAUCCAUCUCCCUGAACUCGACUGCUUUUGAAGGCGAGGUUGACGGUGCCAAGGCUUUUAUUGGAUCCAAGACUGAAACCGCGUUACUCGAAUUUGCUAAAGCUCACCUCGGUAUGGGACCUAUCAGCGAGGAGCGGGCAAACGCAAAGAUCCUGCAGCUUAUUCCUUUCGAUUCUGGCCGCAAAUGUAUGGGUAUCGUCGUUCAAAAUAAGAAUGGCGGGGCUCGUUUAUAUGUAAAAGGUGCAUCGGAAAUUGUUCUUGGCAAGUGUUCAUUGAUGCUUCGCGACCCGACGAAAGAUACGUCGACUGCUCCUCUUACCCCAGACAACACAGAAAUCAUCAAGGGUCUCAUCGAGGACUACGCAUCUAGAUCACUACGAACAAUUGGCAUUAUCUACCGCGACUUCGAGAGAUGGCCCCCACGAGAUGCCCGACGUACCGACGGCGAUCCGAACGAGGUCGUUUUCGAGAAGAUCUUCAACAACAUGACUUUUAUCGGUAUGGUCGGUAUCCAGGAUCCUCUUCGUGAAGGUGUCCCUGAGGCAGUCAAACAAUGCCAAAGGGCCGGUGUGAUUGUUCGCAUGGUUACCGGUGACAACAAGCUUACGGCUCAGGCUAUCGCGAAGGAGUGCGGCAUACUAGAACCAGACGGGUUAGUUAUGGAAGGACCAGAGUUCCGAAAUCUUAGCAAGUUGCAACAGAAUGAGAUCAUUCCGCGUCUCCGCGUUCUUGCGCGUUCUAGCCCCGAGGAUAAACGCAUUCUUGUCCGCCGAUUGAAGGAUUUGGGUGAGACUGUUGCUGUUACGGGCGAUGGUACAAACGAUGCACCUGCUUUGAAACUGGCCGACGUUGGGUUUUCCAUGGGUAUUUCUGGCACCGAAGUUGCAAAAGAGGCAUCUGCUAUCAUUUUGAUGGACGACAAUUUCACCAGUAUCGUGAAAGCCUUAAAAUGGGGCCGAGCUGUUAACGAUGCCGUCAAGCGAUUUUUACAAUUUCAGCUUACUGUCAAUGUCACGGCCGUCGUGUUGACUUUCGUUACGGCCGUCUCCAGUAGUGAUGAAGGCUCCGUUCUGACAGCCGUUCAGCUUCUAUGGGUUAACUUGAUCAUGGACACACUCGCCGCGCUUGCUCUGGCCACCGACCCUCCCCAGGACAGUUGUUUAGACCGAAAGCCGGAACGCAGGGGUGCCAACAUUAUUUCGAUAACGAUGUGGAAGAUGAUCCUCGGCCAGGCAAUGUAUCAGUUGGCAAUCACUUUCGUGCUCUACUAUGCUGCGGUAACUAUCGGCAUAGCUCAAGAGGUCGAGAAUAAUCAUGAUCAGGCCACUCCACGUGAUACUCUGGUUUUCAACACCUUCGUUUGGAUGCAGAUCUUCAACCAAUGGAACAAUCGUCGGUUAGACAACAAAUUCAACAUAUUCGAAGGCUUGUCGCAGAACUGGUACUUCCUUGCAAUCAAUCUUGCCGUGUCAGGUGCUCAGGUCCUCAUCAUCUUUGUUGGCUCAACCCCUUUCAGCAUUUCCACAACCGAUCCGCCUCAGACCGGUCCCCAAUGGGCGACUGCAAUCGUGCUUGGUGCAAUUUCCAUUCCUGUGGGGAUGGUGAUCCGCUUAAUUCCUGACGAAUUGGUCAGAAAAUGUAUCCCUGAGUCUCUCAAGAAGAAGAGCGGCCUUCCUGGCUUAACGAUCUCGGAUGAAGAAUUCAACGAUUACCCUGAAGUCCUUGCUGAUGUUCGGGAUGAACUGGCAUUCCUCAAGAAGCUUAAGGGUGGUCGUCUCAACAAUCUGAAAUUCGCCGUACGACAUCCUCGCGAGGCCUUCAUUGCGAAGACGAGAAGCCCAUCCCACUCUCGAUCAAACUCGAUCAGGGUGCCACAAACUCCCACCCGUGAAGACAGUUUCAGCUCUCCCUCACCAGCACCAACGCCGGAUUCGCGAAAACGAUCCAGGUCUAUUAGGUCUAGGUCAAACUCUGCACUAGGGGCCCCUACGGUCAUGGCGGGUAUCAUCGCUGGCAGUGUGGCAGCUGGAUGGUCCCCAGUAGAGAGAACAGGAGAUCGAGAUUUCCCAGCGCCUCGCCCAAUGCCGUCGCCACUCUCCAACAGUGAAUUAGAGCCGGCCCCCGUCUUGACGGAAGAACCAAUAGAGAUUGAGGAGUCCAGCGCUUCUAAUGUGCCCCGCCUGAGUGUUCCACAGCCGCCCCAAAAGCAGAAAUCCAUUUCUUAG